CAGAGAUCAGCUUGCCACCUCGAGACGAUAACGGUUGCCAUGGCUCGAAGGCGACGACCUCCCAGGCCUGGAGCCCUCAUGGAUCUCAGCCCCGUCAGGAUCGCAACCCAGAUACUCCUCUUACAGCUGUCCUACUACGGCGUCGCGAUAGUUCUGAUCGUCUUCACCACCUUCGUCGCUGGCGAACACCCCGAUCCGACGCGAUUCUUCGACUGGCGACAGCUGCGAGGCGAUGUGACCACAGGAUGGACUCUAGGCCUAUGUUGGAUGCUGGAUGCUCUCAUAACCGUGAUUCCAAUUCUCCUCCUCAUAGCGCGCAGUAAACUCGUACCCGACUUCGCUCUCACGAUCCAUGGCCUCAACUUCAUCAUCACAUCCCUCUACACGCGCGAGAUUCCGAACACAUUUGCCUGGUGGCUGCUACAGAUCUGCUCGGCGACAUUAAUGAUUGGAGUUGGAAUCUGGGCCUGCCAAUGGCGAGAACUGAGACCUAUGGCAUUUGGAGGACGAUCGAAAGAGCAGACUGCGACCAACUCGGCUGGAAAUGGACACCUUCCUGGACCACAAGACGAAGAAGCCGGGUUUGAGAUGGGCAGCAGCAGUAGGGGUGCUGGACGCGACGGUGCUGGAUCAUAUGAGAUGGUGGGAGUGGCGCCAAAGGAGCCUGCUUGAGUCCAACAGGGAUACAUACUAGGAUAUCCGUUUUCCCACUGG